AUGUCUGCUGUAGCUGAUGAGACGGCGGCCGAUGUUCCUGUGAGAGACAUAACGUUAAAUCUAAACGCAGUCGGUGUGUUACCAGGUUAGAAAUAGUCACUGGUGGCUCAAAAUGCUCGUGCAAGGCAAACGGUGUCGAAAGUCAGCAGAGAGGAGCUGGAGGACCGAUACCUUCGACUGCAUGAAGAGAACCUGAUACUCAAACAGCAUGCUCACAAACAAGAGGACAAGAUCAAAAGGAUGGCCACUAAGCUGAUCCGUCUGGUGAAGGAUAAGAAGCGGAUGGAGCAGAUUUCGUCCGGAGGCCGUGCGGGCGGAGGUCGGGACGUGGAGAUGGAGGAGAUGAUGGAGGAGCUGCAGGAGAGAGUCCAGGAGCUGGAGAAACAGAACGAGAGCCUCAGACAACGCCUCCUCGCAGCCAAACAACAGCUGCAGCUCCAGACCCGCCGGGCCACGCCCUACGGCCACGUCCAGUCACGGAUCAACACCGGCCUCCGUCGACUCAGGGGCGACUCCCCUACGAUUCAGCAAAGACCCCAGACGCCUGGAAGAGCAGUAAGCAGGCACACAGAGGCUGACAUGAGUGCCAGACCUCCCCAGGGCCUGCUGCCCCGCUACGGACACAGUCUCCUGGACGACGCCCGGGCAGAGAUCCGCAACCUAGAGAAUGUGAUAGAGAAUCAGAGGACUCAGAUGGAGGAGAUGGAGAAAUCAGCAGAGAUGUUGAGGGAUCAGCUGAGGAGGAAGGAGAGGGAGUACGAGGAGUCUCUCCUUCAUCUCAGAGAACAGCAGGCCAGUGGACAGAGGUCUACUAUUAAGGAUAAUGUGGAAAUGAUAAAACUGCAGAAGCAACUGUCGGAAAAGGGGAAUGCCUUCACUGUGCUGGAGGGAAGGUUUCACCAACUACAGCAGAGUCAGAGGACCCUUAAGGCUAGUCACGAUGCUGUGAUGGCUAAAGUGGAUGAGCUGACUGCGCAGCUGAAGGACGAGCGUCUGCGCAGUCUGGACUUGGAGAGCCAGCUUCAGUCCAGGGCUCUAGAGCAGAGGAGGAUAGAAGAGCUGCAAGAGCGAAUUCAAGACCUUGAGAAGGAGAGAGACUUACUUAAGGAGAACUGUGAUAAACUAGUGAACAGUGCAUUUGAUGUGAGUCAGGAGCAGAAAUGGAAAACGCGGGAGCAGCAGCUCAAAUUGCAGAUAGCACAGCUGGAACUGGCCUUAAAGUCUGACCUCACUGAUAAGAAUGAGAUACUGGACAAGAUCAAAGCUGAGAGAGAGUUGAAUGAGAAGUUGUCACAGGAGAAUAAGGAACUUCAGCUUCGUUAUCUGGAACAGAAGGAGCAGCUGGAUGAGAUUAAAGAUCGCAUGGCGUUUUUCACCAAGGAAAGUGAAAUCGAUGCAGCUGAACUCAGUGAGGCACUGAUGCUUAUAAAGGUGCGUAAGACUCAGAAAAACGGAGAGUUGAGUUUCCUAGAGAGGGUGGAUGAGAGCAUGAAUGCAGAUCUAGAACGUUCCAUGAAAGAGCUGCAGGCCACGUAUGCCGAGACCGUCCAAGAGCUGGAGAAGACCAGGAACAUGCUCAUCAUUCAACACAAAAUUAAUAAAGACUACCAGGCAGAGGUUGAGGCAGUCACCCGUAAAAUGGAGGACCUCAGACUGGAGAACGAGCUGAAACAGGAGAAACUGGCCCAGCUCUUGGACGUGAGAGCUGCCAAGAUAAAGAAACUAGAAGCUCAGCUGAAGGACAUUGCCUAUGGGACCAAGGCCCACGUUUUCCGCCCAGAUGUCACCGACGAAGACACCGCUGACGAGUUUGACGAGACAGUGCACUUGGCGAGAGGAGAGAACCUUCUCGAGAUCCAUUUGGGGACGGCGCGGUUCUCCCAGGAGGCCCUGGAAAAGCUGGGAGACAAGGAACCCUCCACCUUCUGCACCUACGCCUUCUAUGACUACGAGCUGCAGUCGACCUCUGUGCUGCGCAGUCCCCGGCCCUCCUACGCCUUCACCUCUCGGUACCUGGUCAGAGUCGACGAGCUGUUCCUGCACUACCUCCACACCAGCGCGGUUUCCGUGGAAACGCAGCUGGCGGAAGGGAUGGAGUUCCGCACAGUGGCGGCCGGUCACGUCCGGCUGAACCAGGUCCUUGAACGCGAGGGAAAAGUGUUUGGUACGAUGCAGCUCGUCGGUUUGAAUGGAGAGGCGGAGUCUUUCGGGACUCUUGACUACUGGCUCAGACUGAGAGUCCCUAUGGAACAGGCCAUUCGACUUUAUAAGGAGCGAGUGAAAGCUGUGAGUUAUCUCAGCUCGGGGCUGAGAGAGAGCGCUCAGGCUCCCUCCCCUCCCUCAUCUUCCUCUGUUCUGGCCGAGGAGGGUAUGAACGAACUCUACGUCACGGUGCACCGCUGUAGCAGCCUGAAAUCCCGUGGCCCCCACAGGCAGCCCAACCCGUAUGUCAUCUACACGCUCUACGACUUCCCCGAUCACGACACGCCCAUCGUCGCCAGUAGCGACGAGCCGCAGUUUGAGGACCGCGCCGUGUAUCCCAUGGCGAUGAACCCUGAGCUUGACAGCUAUCUGAGAACAGAGUCCCUGACGCUGUACGUGUUUGAUGAUUUGGAGGGGGAGAGCGAGCUGUAUCUGGGAAAAGCCAGAGUCCCUCUGAUAUCCCUGGCCCACGAUAAAGCCAUCACAGGCACGUUUGAGCUGACCGACCCCACUGGUCUUCCCCGCGGCCACAUCGACGUUACUCUGAAGUGGAAGUUUACCUAUCUCCCGCCACCUGGGGGCGCUCUCACCCCGGAGCAGGCCCGCUUCAUCGCUAAAGAGCCGCCGGUGAAGCUCUCUGCCGAGGAGGUCGCAGAGGAAAUGAAGGAGGAGGAGCAAGAAGAGAUGAAAGCCAAAAAUCUCUCCCCGUCACCACAACCAGGCCCCUCUGAGAUUCCCAUGCCUAAACCCAGACAGCGAACCCUGACAAAACCAGCAAGUAAGAAAGUGUCAUUCAUGGAUGUCACAGCUCCUGAAAACCUGACGGAGAAGACCUCUCCCCCGGAUGCAGAACAACAACGGACAAAAUCCUCUGCCCUUCCUGUACCGAAGACGGUCAAAGUGGUGGAGGUUGCCCAGACAGCGGUGCCUGCUAACGACGACGAAGAGGAGGAUGAAGAAGAAUCGCAUUUCUCUGAGGGUCAGGUGAUCGCAGUCAGCUCUCAGUCGCUCUCGGACGAGUCUGAUAUCUCUGAAGAUCUGCCUCCACAGGAAGAAGAUCUAGACGAAUCAAUUCUUUCAGAUAGCGAUGACUGCAUUGUGCCUCCUCACAGUUCUCAAAGCAGGAAGCGGCCGACGGAGCGUAUCCGUGUGGAGAUUGUCUCUCUGAGUCUGAGGCCAGACUCCAGGGUGGCGUUGGACAGCAGUGUGGUCAGGCUGUUUGUGGAGUACUCUUUCCUGGACAUGCCCUCUGUGGAGACCCCACUGUCCCUGCCCAAACCCACCCCUGGACACAGCAUUCACUUCAACUACAGCAACGUGGUUCACGUGGAUGUGGAGAAAAACCAGGCCCGGAGACAUACCCUAAGAGCAGUACUCGAAGGGAGAGACAAACAGCUAGAGAACAUUAAGUUCACUGUGGUGAGUGACCCUCCGGAGGAGGAGGAGCAGGAAAGGGAAUGUGAGGAUGUGGGCGUGGCUUAUCUGCGGAUCCCAGACAUCCUGGACAGACAGAGUGAUAUGACUGAUGUGAACCUGAACAUUGUGGAUGUGCAGGACAGCAGUGAGGUUGUGGGUAGUCUGAAGGUGACUGUAGAGGCCUUGGAGGCUCUCAGGUCUAUAAUGGAGGACCCAGACCGGGAUCACUCUCUCCCUGCUCUCACUCACCUCAUCUGA